AUGCCGACGCCGGUGCCCGCCGCGCGGCAGUGCCUCGCCCCGGCCGCCGUCACGGCCCUCGACGCCGCCGUCGCCUCCGCGCGCCGCCGGGCGCACGCGCAGACCACCUCCCUCCACCUCAUCGCCUCGCUGCUCGCCCCGACCGCCGCGCCGCUGCUCCGCGACGCGCUCGCCCGCGCCCGCAGCGCCGCCUACUCGCCGCGCCUCCAGCUCAAGGCGCUCGACCUCUGCUUCGCCGUCUCCCUCGACCGCCUCCCCUCCACCCCCACCCCCACCUCCGCCUCCGCCUACAGCAGCAGCAAUGACCAGCACGAGCCCCCCGUCGCCAACUCCCUCAUGGCGGCCAUCAAGCGCUCGCAGGCCAACCAGCGGCGCAACCCGGACACGUUCCACUUCUACCACCACCACCAGGCGGCGGGCGCGUCGGCCACCUCCCCCAACGCCGUCAAGGUCGACCUCUCCCACCUCGUCCUCGCCAUCCUCGACGACCCGCUCGUCAGCCGGGUCUUCGCCGACGCGGGCUUCCGCAGCAACGAGAUCAAGGUCGCCAUCCUCCGCCCCGCGCCGGCCGUCCCGCUGCUCGGCCGCGGCCUCCCCACGCGCGCCCGCCCGCCGCCGCUCUUCCUCUGCAGCUUCGCGGCCGCAGGCGACGCCGACGUCCCCUCGCCCGCGCCCGCGCUCGCGGGGGCCGCCCCGGGGGAGGACAACUGCCGCCGCAUCACCGACAUCCUCGCGCGCGGCCGCAACCCCAUACUCGUCGGCGUCGGGGCCGCGUCUGCCGCCGCUGACUUCGCCGAGGCGUCCCCGUACCGCGUCCUCCCCGUCAAUCAUCAAACGGACCUCCUCACCGUCGCGGCGGCACCGACGACGCCCGGCUCUGGCCUCAUCUUCAGCAUCGGUGACCUCAAGGAACUCGUGCCCGACGAGGCCGACCUGCAGGACGCGGCUCGCCGGGUGGUGGCGGAGGUCACGCGCCUGCUCGAGACGCACAGAGCUGCCGGCCGCCAGACCGUCUGGGUCAUGGGCUGGUCGGCCACCUACGAGACCUACCUCGCCUUCCUUUCCAAGUUCCCGCUCGUCGACAAGGACUGGGAACUCCAGCUGCUGCCAAUCACCGCCGUGCGCGACGCCGGCCCUGCACCCGUACUCGUGCCUCCUCCAGCUCCAGCCACCACGGUCGCUGCCUUGUCCAUGCCUGCCACUACAAGCUUCAUGGAGUCGUUUGUUCCUUUUGGAGGUUUUAUGUGUGAUACCUAUGAAGCAAAUAGCCUCACACCAAAUUCCUGCCCUCAGGCCCUGCGAUGUCAACAGUGCAAUGAUAGAUAUGAGCAAGAAGUUGCAACUAUCAUUAGAGGAAGUGGCAUUACAGCUGAAGCUCACCAAGAAGGUCUACCUUCCAUGCUGCAGAAUGGCAGCAUGAUGGGUCCUAACAAUGGGUUUGAUGCACUCCAGGUUAGAGAUGAUCAGAUGGUAUUGAGGACAAAAAUACAGAAUCUGAAGAAGAAGUGGAAUGAGUACUGCCUACGACUCCACCAAGGUUGCAAUAGGAUCAACAGAGAUCCUUGCCAAUUAUUUCCACAUCCCAUUGAUGUUCGGGUUGACAGGGAAAGAUGUGCAAAUUCAAACCAAAGUACACAGUCAGUUGCACUUCAAAGGGAGGUUAUUAGACCUUCUGCAGUGUCUUCUCCACAUACCAACACAACUGCAAAGAGUAUUUCGGCACCAUCUAUUUCCACCCAAAUGAAUGCAGACCUUGUAUUGAACCUGCAAGUCAGGCAAUCAAAGAGUGAUGAACCCCUCCAAGAUAGGGCCGUGCCAUCCCAACAUAGCAACUCAUCAAAUUGUGACAACCCUGAAGAUCAUGCGUCACCAUCAUCUGCUGCACCUGUGGCCACUGACUUGGUGUUGGCCACCCCUCGCGGAUCUUCUUCCAAGGAUUCAAGUAUUGCACUGUGUAAACAUGUAAAGGAUGCUGAAGGGUCGAUCCAGCUGAUGCCCAAGAAGGUUGAUGAUCUGAAUCUUAAGCCUCCUCACUUCUCUGUACAGCCUUACACUUGCUUCAGGAGUUCCUCAAAUUGGGAUCAAACUUCACCUAGUGCUCUGCAUUCAGCAGCUUCAGGAGGUGCUUCUGCCUUUGGCCAAUGGCAGAGGCCUUCACCCCUCGCAGCACAAAGUUUUGAUUUGAGCAAUUACAAGCUACUCAUGGAACGACUGUUUAAGGCUGUUGGGAGGCAGGAGGAAGCCUUGAGUGCUAUUUGUGCAUCCAUUGUGCGGUGCAGGUCAAUGGAGAGGCGUCGUGGUGCAAACAAGAAGAAUGACAUAUGGUUUAGUUUUUAUGGCCCGGAUAGCAUUGCCAAGCGGAGAGUUGGUAUGGCACUUGCUGAGCUGAUGCAUGGUAGCUCAGAGAACCUGAUAUAUCUGGACCUAAGCCUCCAUGACUGGGGUAACCCCAAUUUCAGAGGAAAGCGUGCCACCGACUGUAUCUCUGAAGAGUUGAGAAGGAAGCAGCGAUCAGUUAUCUUCCUUGACAAUGUUGACAAAGCUGACUGCCUUGUUCAGGAGAGCCUGAUUCAUGCCAUGGAGACUGGCAGGUACAAAGACUUGCAUGGGGGACGGGUGUCUGACCUUAAUGACUCGAUUGUGGUGUUGUCUACAAGAAUGAUCCAAGGAUGUCGAGAUGCCUCUGUUGGGAUGGAAGAGGGCAAUGCUUUUUCAGAAGAAAAGGUUGUGGCAGCUCGUGGAAAUCAACUGAAGAUCAUAGUUGAGCCGGGCACAGCCAACAUCAGUGGAGGCCCUGGAGGCAAAGUUGUAGUUUCCUCAAGGCAUUCCUUGAGAAACUGUCAAGCAUCUUUGUACUCCAGUCCUUUCAGUAAGCGGAAGCUCCACAUCUCCGAUGGGCAAGAAAAGACAGCAGAAUCGCCGAGCACUUCCAAGCGACUGCAUAGAACAUCAAGUGUUCCAUUCGACUUGAACCUCCCAGGCGACGAUGCCGAAGCCCAGGAUGGUGACGACGACAGCAGUAGCAGCCAUGAGAACUCAUCCGAUGAUCCAGAGGGAUCUGUGGGCAGCCUCUUACGAUCAGUGGACGAGUCAAUCAAUUUCAAGCCAUUUGACUUUGGCAAACUUUGUGAGGACAUCCUGCAGGAGUUUAGCAGUACUAUGAGCAAGACUCUGGGCUCUAGGUGCAGGCUGAAGAUCGACGCUGUGGCUAUGGAGCAAGUAGUGGCAGCGGCAUGGGCAUCUGAUUCACAUGAGAAGAGGCCUGUGCGGACGUGGGUGGAGCAGGUGUUUGCCAGGAGCCUUGAGCAGCUGAAGGUCAGGUGUAAGAAUUUGAGCAGCUGUACUCUGAGAUUGGUUGCCUGUGAGGAUGAAACGCCGGUGAAAGAAGACGGUUUUGGACCUUUCCUUCCCUCGAGAAUAAUCCUGGAUCGGUGA